AUGGAUGCUGGGAAACCACAGCUGCUGAGAAGUCAGCGGCGAGCAGAGGUGGCACCAGAUGUCACCACCCACGCCGGGGUCGCCAAAAUAUUGUUCCAGCGCGACGACAAACUCCACUCCCUGGUCCUGAAGGAAACCAAGAGGCUGAAGGAGGAGUCCUUCGUGAGACGCAUUCACAGAAAUGUGGAGGAGCAGACGAGCGGGUUUUCCUUAAACGGGAUCAAAUGGGGCGCGGUUCAACGGGAGGGAGACUCCGACGGCGGGAAGUCCAAACUUCACUCCCGUCGACUGUUGUAUGAACCCGGACCAACCUCAGAGGGGGCGCCCUUCUUCCACCUCCACUCCUCCUUUAACUUGGAGUUGAGACUUCGACUCCUCAGACUCUUCCAGCAGGCGGCGCGUAAGGUUGUGAUGCAGUGUCGUGUACGCCGCAGGUUGGCUGCGUUGAAGAAGCUGCAGAAGAACCUGGCAGUGGUGAAGAAAGUAAAGACGGAGACGGAGACGCAGAGGGACGCGAUCUCGCCCGACAAAGUUCAUCCGUUUCAGUUCCCACUUUUCUGCAGCAAAAGCGAUCUUCUGUCCCACAGUGAUGUCCUCGCUCUGUCCGUGGACCCUGUGGACAUGUCCGUGGACCCCGUGGACAUGUCCGUGGAGACGUCCGUUCCCUUCUUCAAGCUCCAAGUCGCCCAGCACUCGGAUCUCAUGGGCUACCAACCCGUCUCCAUCCUGAAGGCGUUGGACUCCUGUGCUCCCACCCCGUUAACCAGACCCCUCAGAACUGGAUCUUUGGAGGGUUCUGAAGAUCAGGAGGAACCCAGAGCGGAGGAGAAACCUCAGCCUGAAGCUGUGGACGAAGCAGUGGAAACGUUGUGGUCCACGACCCUCAGCUUCACCGCCCCAGCAGCUCUGCUCACACCAGGUCCCGUCAACCCUCUCAGGGUCUUCAACCCGGCUCCCGGCCUGCAGGCGCACAAACCCAGACCCAGAUAUAUGGAAGGUGACGUCGAGGUCCACGUGUGUCCCCGGUCCAGUUACUCCGUCUCCGACAAUAAGACAACGGACAAAAGGACACAAGUUGGGCAACAUAACUUGCUGGAUCGCCAUGAAGUGAUCAAAGGCAUCAUGUCGUGGAAGAACUUCGACUCGUUCUUCUUGAAGUCUCUCUCCGAGGCUCCGGAGAACAGAGUCGUGCCGCGGAACGUCGACUACGACGCAGACGUCCUUCCUCUCACAGCACCUUCUCCUCUCACUGCUAAAGAUGUGACACCAACGGUCGACUUUGAUGUUGAAGUCCCUGGGAUCCAACUCACACCCGAAAUGAUCCGCGCAGAGUUCUUGUCCUCCAGACUUCCCACUUUACGAUAACUGUGCUGGAGAUUUUACGAAAUUCGCCUGAAAACCGUUACUUUAUUUUACAGCAAAUCAUUUGUCUUUGUUCAUCAGAACAGUUGUAUAUGAUUCCAAUAGGUGGCGGCAGAUUGCUAUAAAAACAGAAAAAAAGGGGGAGCGCGUUGGUAAAGAUCUUGAUGUGUGUCUUUAUUCAAUUUCUGCAGGUACAUCAGUGCUGUGUUCAACUAAACAGGACCAGGUUUCACACAGAGUAACUACGCUGUGAGUAGUUUGGAAAAUGAAUUAAAGUUUGCCGUAAAUUCUUGCUAAAGAAGGAGUCAAAAUAUUGACAUUAAACCAAGAACAAUUUCUGUUGCAGUAACUUCCUUUUCCUUCUUUGGGUUUUUGUGGAAAAAAGAAGUUGAGUUGAAAUGACAAGUUAAUUGUGAAAUAAAGUCUAAUUCUCUGGUCCUUUAUUCUCCGUGCCCUUCACUUCAAAGCAGUAAACAGCAGGCGGUUCAAACGCCCCGCC